AUGGCAGAGGAUUGGCUCGACUUGGACUGCCUGGUGGACACGAAAAUGAGCGAGCAACAGUUGGAUUGUGCAUUGGACUUGAUGAGACGUCUCCCACCGCAACAAUGCGAGAAGAAUCUCAACGAUUUAAUCGAUUUGGUGCCAUCGUUAAUGGAUGAUCUUCUUUCAAUGGUCGAUCAACCGCUUCGUGUCGCAAAGGAUCGUGAGACCGGCAAGGAAUAUCUUCUUUGUGACUAUAAUCGCGAUGGGGACAGCUACAGAUCUCCAUGGACAAACGAGUACGACCCUCCACUUGCCGAUGGGCACAUGCCAACGACUAAGCUGCGAACGCUCGAGAUUGAGGCAAAUGCUGCUUUUGAGGCAUAUCGUGAUUUGUACUUUGAGGGUGGUGUCUCUUCAGUUUAUUUCUGGGAUCUCAACACUGGAUUCGCUGGGGUUGUGCUCAUCAAAAAGCAAGGCGACGGUUCAAAGAGUAUCAAGGGAUGCUGGGAUUCGAUUCAUGUCAUCGAUAUCGCUGAAAAGAGUGGACGAACGGCUCACUACAAAUUAACAUCAACGGUGAUGCUUUGGUUGCAAACAUCGAAGCCAGGAAGUGGAGUGAUGAAUUUGGGUGGAAGUAUGACUAGACAAUUGGAGCAAGACUGCCCGGUGAAUGAGAGCAACACUCAUCUUGUUAACAUUGGACGAAUGAUUGAAGAGCAAGAGUCGAAGAUGCGACACACACUUAAUGAGAUCUACUUUGGAAAGACCAAACAGGUUGUCGGCGAUUUGAGGACAAUCGAGAGUGCGAUCGAAUUGAAGAAUCGUGAGAACAACAUGCAAGAAAUCAAAUCGGCCAUCCUUGCCCAAGGACGCAACACUAGCAGCAAGACCGAAGUA